AACACCAUUUAUUCCCUGAACGCGACAGGAUCGAUUGGCUAUAAAUCCCAGCCAUGCUUGUUAACGGAGGCACUGUGAUGUAGGCGCUAGGGACGGUACUUCAGUGGCUGCACAUUCGUUGACGGCGGCUUCAACCCUAUUCUGCAACUUCACCGACGGCAGGUUUGCCAUGGGACAAGGAGAACCACGUGAUGAAAUAUUGCGUUUAGAACACCUACGCUCUCACUCCGUUUGAGAGAGCCAUUCUGUACAUGGUCCUUUCGACACGAAGUGAUACGCAUCUCACCAGCCGAUGUGACAGCAAUGGAGAAAGUUAGGAUCUGUGUUGGAGGGACUCAUUUUGUCACUACCAGAGACACAUUAAAUAAGUAUCCAAGAACACGAUUGGCUGAACUGAAUAAGUCAUGUGAUAAUUUUGACGAAUCAGAAAAUGAGUAUUAUUUCGACCGGGAUCCAUCUGUGUUUGCUUGCAUUCUCAACUUGUACAGGACAAAAGAACUUCAUGUUACUCAAGCCUUGUGUGGGAAUGCUGUCAGAAAUGAGCUCAGUUUUUGGAAGAUCCCUGAAACAGUUAUCGCCCCCUGUUGUUGGCGGACUCUCCACCAGGUGGACCAGGACAAGGAAAUACUGGAUUCUUUGAAUGAAGGCAGCAAGAAGGUCAUGAUGGAAAACACCUCUUUAAGGUGUUGUCAGUCUUUGCGCUUGCGUGUAUGGAAGUGCAUGGAACAGCCAAAUUCUUCCCUGACAGCAAAGAUCUGGAACGUCGUGCUGGCGCUGAUGAUACUCCUGGCGUCGAUGGUCUAUUGUUUGGACACAGAGCCAAGUUUUAGAAUCAUGCCGGAAAACGGGACCGAGGAGUACUGGACUUAUGUGUACGCCCAGAAAACAAACAUUGACAACAGAGUUCUUCUACUCCUCUUCACGGACUAUAACAAAGUAAUAUAUAUACUGGACUUCGUAUGUCUUAUCUUCUUUACUGCAGAGUUGACAGUGCAUCUGCUGGUCUGCCCAAUACUACGUUUGUUCUUCUGCAGCAUCAUCAACUGGAUUGACAUCUUGACCGUUCUCAUAGGCUGGUCUGUGUUUACAUUGGAAGAAGCCAGCAAUGAGGAUCUGUUCGAAGAUGUCAAAACCGCGUUUUAUAUCUAUUUGGUCUUUAAGAGUCUCUAUGCAAUCCGAAUUUUUAGGAUUUUCCGCCUGAUGCAGAGUAAUUCCAACUUACGUAUAAUCUUUCUGUCCUUGAUGGAAUGCAAGAGGGAGCUCAUCCUUCUCGUUCUUUCAUUUUUCAUUUUAGCAACAAUUUUUGGAUCAUUCGAGUAUUUUUGUGAAGGAACAAAUGGCAAGUUUAAAUCUAUACCGCUUGCAAUAUGGUGGGCCCUGGUGACAAUGACAACGGUUGGUUAUGGUGACAUGUACCCUACAACGCCCUGUGGAUACGCCAUUGGGUCUGUCUGUGCAUUAUUUGGUGUUUUAGCCCUAACACUUCCGGUUGCUGUUAUUGCCACCCACUUCAGUGAUUACUAUGUAGUUAAUCAGUGGAGGUCCAAGGCCAAGAAAAGAAAAGAACCUACUGUUAUCUGGUGAGAGUGAGUGAGUGAGGUUUUUCGACGCUCUGAGCAAUAUCAGGGCGGGGGAACACCAUACAUGAGCUUCACACAUUGUAUACCUGUGGAUAACAAACCCGGACCUUCGGGCUACCCAACCUCCCCGUUAUCUGGUAAGAAUGAAUACCACAUGCUUUCAUAGUAGGAGCACGGACCGAACGUAGAUUCUCCAAGAGAGAGUGAUAACAGCUGAUGUUGGGAUUACACCAUUGAUUCUUCUUUGGUACUAACUUUUCAAGAGUCAGUUCUAAAUGUUUACACUAUGGAAACAUCAUUGGUUCCGUCUGUGAUUAAUUCUUCAAGAGUCAAUGCUACAUGUUUAUUUUGUGGAUAUACCAUUGUCUUUGUACUAAUGCUUGCCGUAAAAGGCGACUAUGCUUGUCGUAAGAGGCGACUAACCGGAUCGAGUGGUUAGGC